CUGGGAAGUGUAGUUCCGGAAAUACGUUUUCCAAGAACUUCCGCUUUGGGAUUCUGGGAAGUGUAGUUCUGGAGGUGUGUGAUGCUGGUUGCUUCUGCUUCUGGGAAAUGGAGUCCAGGGACUGUGGGCGGGAGGAGGCACUUCCGCUCCCAGAAGGCGAGGUCGGUUCCGCGAUUGCUCUGGGGGAGAACUCUGCCUUUUCCCAGAAGGAAGAGGAGAACAAUGACCAAGAUCCAGGAGGCAGUAACAUUCAAGGACGUGGCUGUGGUCUUCAGCGAGGAGGAGCUGAGGCUGCUGGACUCUGCCCAGAGGAAGCUGUACCGAGAUGUGACGCUGGAGAACUUCAGGAACCUGCUCUCAGUGGGACAUCAGUCCUUCAAACCAGAUGUGAUAUCCCAGUUGGAGCGAGAGGAAAAGCUCUGGAUGAAGGAGAUCCACACUCACCCAGGAGGCAGGAAUCAAAGCAGGGUGGAGAGUCGUCAUGAAGCAGGACUGAAGUGCCUUUCCUUGGGAGAGCUUUCAUGCUGGCAAAUCGAGASACAUGUUGUGAACGGACUGACUGAAAGUCAAGACUGCAGGAUAGACAGUCAAGGGAGGUGCUGUCAGUUCCCCAAGCAGUGCGGGGUCUCCUGCCACGUGGGAGUGGGAGAGCCCGUCCAGGAAGCUCGGGAGGAUGGCUCUCUUGUGAAUCUCCUUGGGGAUCAUCCCAUUAUUGAAAACCAGGGUUUUCCAACUGGAAGAGCUCAGAGUUCUUGGAGUAAACUAUGUUGCAGUGAGGCACAGAACCAUCAGAAAAGUUGUAAACAGAUGAAAAACAAACUGUGUCUGUUUGCCCCCCAUGUUGACGUUUUUGGUUGCAGUUCACACCACCACAGUGAUGCGGGGCAGGACAGGGCGAAGGCUUCCCCUCUGACCGAGCAUAGCCUUCACCCAGGGCCGAAAACUCAGCAGACUGCUGGACAUGGGGAAGCCUCYAGGGACAGUCCCAGUCCUGGGCGUCAGCAGGUUCUCUGUGGAAAGAAGCCUCUGGCACGCAGCGUUCAUGGGGCCGACCCCUCSGGCGCUCCUGCGCUGCAGACCAUUCACACGGGAAAGAAGCGCUACUGGUGUCAUGAGUGUGGCAAGGGCUUCAGCCAGAGCUCCAACCUGCAGACCCAUCAGCGGGUCCACACUGGGGAGAAGCCCUACACUUGCCCCGAGUGUGGCAAGAGCUUUAACCAGAGCUCACACCUGUACGCCCACUUGCCUAUCCACACGGGAGAGAAGCCCUACCGGUGUGAGAGCUGCGGGAAGGGCUUCAGCCGCAGCACGGACCUCAACAUCCACUGCCGGGUCCACACCGGGGAGAAGCCGUACAAGUGUGAGGUGUGCGGGAAGGGCUUCACCCAGAGGUCCCACCUCCAGGCCCACGAGAGGAUCCACACAGGGGAGAAGCCAUAUAAAUGCGGGGACUGCGGGAAGCGCUUCAGCUGUAGCUCCAACCUUCACACCCACCAGCGGGUGCACACGGAAGAAAAGCCCUACAGGUGCGAGCAGUGCGGCAAGUGCUUCAGCCUGAGCUUCAACCUCCACAGCCAUCAGCGCGUCCACACCGGGGAGAAGCCGUACAAAUGCGACGAGUGCGGCAAGGGCUUCAGCUCAGCCUCAAGUUUCCAGAGCCACCAGAGGGUCCACACAGGAGAGAGGCCAUUCCGCUGCAACGUGUGUGGGAAGGGCUUCAGCCAGAGCUCUUAUUUCCAGGCCCACCAGCGGGUGCACACUGGAGAGAAGCCGUACAAGUGCGAGGUGUGUGGGAAGCGCUUCAACUGGAGCCUGAACCUGCACAAUCAUCAGCGCGUCCACACCGGGGAGAAGCCCUAUAAGUGUGAGGAGUGUGGCAAGGGCUUCAGCCAGGCCUCCAACCUUCAGGCCCACCAGAGCGUGCACACUGGGGAAAAGCCCUUCAAGUGCGUGGCGUGUCAGAAGCGGUUCAGCCAGGCCUCGCACCUGCAGGCCCACCAGAGAGUCCACACCGGAGAGAAGCCCUACAAAUGCGACACCUGCGGCAAGGCCUUCAGCCAGAGGUCAAACCUCCAAGUCCACCAGAUAAUCCACACAGGAGAGAAGCCCUUUAAGUGCGAGGAGUGCGGGAAGGAGUUCAGCUGGAGCGCGGGGCUCAGCGCCCACCAGAGAGUGCACACGGGAGAGAAGCCCUACACCUGCCAGCAGUGCGGGAAGGGCUUCAGCCAGGCCUCCCACUUCCACACGCACCAGAGGGUCCACACGGGCGAGAGGCCGUACAUCUGCCACGUCUGCUGCAAGGGCUUCAGCCAGAGGUCGCACCUUGUCUACCACCAGAGGGUCCACGCUGGAGGGAGUCUGUAGAGGAGACAAGGUGGUGUCACCCUCAGGUGGCUCCUUCAGAACAGAAGCUUCGAAGAAUCUUCACAGGAAAGCAGCUCUCUAAAAUGCCAUUUUAAGGAGUCAGGCAAUAAAUUCUUUACAAAUGUCAGAGUUCGCAGAUGAAGAAACACGUCUAUAGAUAAGAUCAGUGUUUAAACCAGCGUUCCAAAGUGUCACCAUUUGUGACAAAGAAUCUUGAUGUUUGAUAGUCUUCUAGGAAAGAGAUUCAUGAAUGAGGAUUAUGGGUAGGACUUUGAUAAAAGAAUGAUGAUUGACAAAAUUUGAUGUCAACUAAAGUGUAACUUCCACAUGGGAAGACCUUCUCCCCAGAUCUCUGCCAUGCAGAGCUGUGGUUGGCUCCAAUAGGAGAAAAAUUUAUUUGAAAAGUUGGUCCCUGUCCUAAAUUCAUACUAAUUUAUAUGCAUAAGGACUCCUAUAAGUAGCCUUAAUAAUAGUUUCCAGAACUGUUGAAGUACAGAGUGUUAUUUAA